AUGAAGGAUGAUUAAUUAUUCUUUGGGAGAGCUUAAGAAUAAUAAAAUUAUCGCGAAAUUAAUUUUCUGAAUAAUUUCCUGGAAAAUUUUCUUAAAUUAAUGGAAAAUUAUCAUUUAGUCCUAAUUAUAAAUUAGAUGGAACUUGCAGUAUUCAUUUCCAUCGGAUGUGAUAAUUGUGAUUUUUGUCAUAAUUGUGAAGGGAGAUGUAAAUAAUAAAAAUUCAUUAUUAUUCUUAAUAUUUUGCUCUGUAUAUUGUCGAAAAGCUACUACUUAAACUGA